AUGUCCAAACUUUAUAUAUCAACCCAGAAUUGUGGUAAAGCUCAUGAGGCUGAUAUUUUUGGGCUUUGUAUAUCGAAUCCAUACACAGUGACAGUGUCUGGAGAUGGAAGCUUGAAACUGUGGAAAAACAAGUUGAUUGAUGGUGAGCAACCAAAAGACCAUGUCAUAUCUUGCUUUGUUCACAAAACAGGUCUACACCAUGUAGAUGCUUUCCACUCGGUCGAACAAGGUGGGCUCGAGUUGUUUUUAGUGGCGUGUGUAUCCUUUUCGGGGCAAAUUUUUAUCUAUGAGGUGGACAUGGCCUCAGGUACCCUGAAGGAACUUGACUUACUGUCUCACGACGAAAAAUUAAGAUCAUAUUGGUGCAUCAAGUUCUUAAAAAGCGAUGAUUUUUCCGUUGCCCAUAAGAUGGUCGCUACUGAUGUGAAAGGCAGUACUGUGGUAUGGGCUUUAGACAUAUUUAAACCAGAAGAACAGACGCAGGAGAGUGGCAAUCUGGAUUUGAAGAAGGAGAAGAACAUACGUCUUUCUCAAAUAGGGGAGAUUCCAGCUACUGAACCGAAGUUUGCAACCAGUGUUGAUGUCUCAGUGAAAGGAAUAAUUGCCACAGGGUUCCAAGACGGCAGUGUGGUGGUUUCACAAUUAGAAACCUUGAGGCCCAUUUACAAUUUUGAAGGAUUUGGAAUUAAAGGUACUGAGGAAAGUAGUGGAACCGUUCGAGACGUCAAGUUUUCACCUCUGGGUGAACUUUUAGCAGUGGCAAAUGAUUCUGGCUCUUAUGGCUGUGUAACAUUAUAUGAAACCGAGUAUGGUGAGCGGGUGGGUAACUUGACAGUUCCUACACACAGCAGUCAAACAAGCAUCGCUAAUUUCACGCAUAAUGGUUGGGUCUUCAACGCCAGUUUUAGCUCUACAGGUGAAUUCUUGGCAACUUGCGGUUACGAUGGGAAGAUCCGCGUUUGGGACGUCAAGCGAAGGGAGCGUGUCAGCACUCUUAAUAUUAGUGCCGGUGAUAUUGAGAUAGAAAGUGAGAUUGUAUCACAAGAUGAGUUUGGUAACUCUCUGAAAACACCUCCCGUCAUGGGCGUCACUUUUAUCAAUAAAGGUGUUCGUGGUGGCAUCGGAGGGGAUACUAAUGAAGGGCUGGCAUGUGUCUGUUUAGAUAGAAGUGUGCGCUGGUUCAGAGAAGCUGGAGGCGUUUGA